AUGAAUAAUAUCUGUUUUCAUAAAUGGUUUGAAGAACAGUUAUUACCAAAUAUUCCAGGAGAAAUAAAUGAUGAUGAUGAUGAUAAACUAAUAAUAAUUUGCUUCUAUAAUUUAGGUCCAUUUACCGAUGUAGUUACAUCAAAUUUGAAGUUGACUAAUCCUACAGAACGCAGAGUUUGUUUUAAAGUGAAAACUACAGCACCUAAACGUUAUUGCGUACGUCCUAAUAGUGGAAUAAUAGAACCGAGACAAGCUGUAAAUGUUGCUGUAAUGCUUCAACCAUUUGAGUAUGAUCCUAAUGAAAAGAAUAGGCACAAGUUUAUGGUUCAGACAAUGUUUGCUCCAGAAGGUGAUAUUAAUCAAGAAACAUUGUGGCGAGAUGCUAAUCCCGAAUCUCUAAUGGACUCAAAAUUACGCUGUGUAUUUAUUCCAGAAACUACAGCAGAGAACAAUCUGGAUAGUUCUCAAACACAAAGGGAAGAGAAACCAGCCACAGCUAAGGUAGCAAAUGAACCAGCAAAAUCAUCACCCAAGACUUCUGCUAACUUUGAAGUCGACUUAAGAAGGGCUGCUGAAGAAAACAAACGACUAAAAGAAGAUAUUGCCCAAUUAAAACAAGAAAAUUCACAAUUGAAGGAAGAAGGACUGAGGUUGGGAAUAUCUAGAAAUGCUGAACAGCAAAAUCUUUCUCAAAGAGAAACCCAAAUACAGAUGGCUCAAAAGCCUCAAUUAUCAUGGUUAUAUCUGGUUAUUGUUAUUUUUGCUUUCUUUCUUGGCUACAUGUUUGCUAAAUACUUUCUGUAGGCAUUCCCAACUUUAUUAUCCUUUUCCUGUUACCCCUCCCACUCUGUUGGUCUCAAUUAGAGUCUGCCUCCAUUACUUACUGUCAGAUCCUGGCUGUUUAAGCCUGAAGUUUGAGACAAGUUAGAAUCAGCAAAUAAUACUUUGAAAUUCAAUUAUUCAGGCUUUGAUUACUUUGUGGAUAUGGGGAAAAUUUUUCCUACAUCUAUGUACAUUGUGUACAUAGGAGAGCAGUGAUGAUACCUUUGUAAUUGUUUUUUCUUAAGUCAUUAAUUUUUUCACCUAAAAGUUAUUUGUAACAUUGGUUUUGUCAUAUAUCAAAUAACUUUGUGAUUAAAAGAAAAUGCAUAAACAUAGUAUAUAUACAUGAUGAUGCUGGUCAAAGUUGCUAGAUAGUUUGUGUCACUUGAUUUAAGUUUUUAUUAUCUAGAGUGUUGGUAUUGAAGUUUGUGUAUGCAUUUAGGCAUGUUUCACAUAAAUGAAUUUUCUCCCAAAUUGUUCAAUUAGAAUGUAUUAUGAAAGAUUCCUAAACAUUUGACAUAAAACAGUGCAACAUGACCAAUCCCCAAAGCUCUUAUUGAUAAGUGUUGAUGUUUGAACUUUCUAGGAAUUUGAAGUUUGAAUAAGAUAUUUUGUAUUUUUUAAGAAAAAUUAUGUUAAAAAUGUUUUGAAGACAAUAUGUAGAAUGUUGAUGUGUGAACAGUUGAAGGAAAUUGAACUGUUUUGAUUCCUGUGUUUUGUGCAAAUAUUUUAUAUGUAUGUGAGGAAAAUAAACAGAUCAACAGAGCAGAGAGGGAGUCUAAAAAAAAUUGUAUAGUUGCAAAUAUGUGGUAAGAAAAGUGAAUUUUUGGUUAAUGUUUCACAAAUGCACAGAAGAAACAGAACUUUAAAUAUCAGACAUCUCGUCAUCAGAUAGAAAUUUGAGACAUGCCUGUUCUAAUAGAAUGUAUUUACUUUAGAAUAGAAAAUGAUUGUUGUAUAAAAAAAAACAAAAAAAAAAACCUAAAAAAGAAUGACUGAUUGUCCAUUUUAUUGAACUAAAAAUGCUUUCUCUGUUUCAGUAUUUUCAUUCUUUUUUUUUUAAAUGAAAUAGUAUUCUUGGGCUAUGUAAAACAUUCACAUAAAUGAACAAAUAUAUGAAAAAAAUCAUCUUAAAAAUUUAAUAUUAAAACAGGCAGCCAAAUUCAUCUAGCUGUAAACAUUAUAAAUGGAAAAAAUGAUAGAAUAACUUUCUGGUUAAAACUUUGAGUUUGUUAAUUGAGUUACUGUCAUUGAUGACAUGAAGAAAUUGUAUUAUAAAAAAUAUUGGCAUGUUUGGUGUAAUUGACAAAUGGUUUAUUGUUGAGACCACAUUACGUUGUAAAAAGAUAAAUUUUUGUUAAGUACCCUUGCAGUUAUUAAAUUUCAAUAUAUUAAGAAUAUUUGUAAUACAAACGGAUAACUCUAUGCCAAGAAAUGAUUUUUAGCUAUUAGUCAUUGUACAUAUAAAUGUUUUUGUUUAAUUUUUAUUUAAUUAUAUUCAAAAUAUUGGGAUUGAACUCUGAAUAUUCAAAUAACUUCUCAAAAACAACAAAAUACAUAUAUAUAAAAUGUAAAACCUAAAACUAUACAAAGUAUAUCAUAACUGUAUUUGCUAGUUUUAACCAUAUCCUGCCCUCUAUAUAUGUGGCAAAAAAAAAAUGUAAUAAGGAAAGCUAGAAUAAAACUGAGUGAACUGUGGGAAAGUCAAAAUAAUGUUUGAAGUUUGAAUUAUGUUUGUUUCAUUCCCCAAUAAAUAUAA